GCUCUUGAGGUCAUGACGCUGUCAGUUGCUGCUGGUUGUGAACAUUGUGAAUUGCAUAUGAGUAUCGGAUCUCAAUCCAGGUCGCCUCACUCCCUGCCGACUCGUUCGCCAAUACCUGCGGUUCUUAUUGUGGGAACCCCCGAACCCUCGUUAAAUGUCUGUAUCUGAGGAUCCAUAGCUACCAUCUGCCGUCGAGCAAAACCAUCUUCGUGGGCUUUCAUUUCCAGUGGAGCUAUCCUCUUCUGAGAGAGUAUAUGCCUUUUGUACACCUUUAUCCCAUUCUCACUGCUCUCUCUCUCUCUCUCUGAUCUUUCUUUCUCCAUGACCCUUUUUCCGUUUUUCGUUGGCACCAUUUUCCGGCACAACGAAUAAAUCAGCCGAGCCAAAAAGGGAAGAUGGAGCUCUCAUUGGUAAGACCAGACGAUUGGCAUCUUCAUCUCCGAGAUGGGGAUAUCCUUCAGUCUGUCGUUUCCCAGAGUGCGAAGCAUUUUGGAAGAGCAAUCGUGAUGCCGAACUUGAGGCCACCAAUUACAACAACAGCAGCUGCUGUAGCUUAUCGGGAAGAGAUUUUAAAAGCACUGCCGCCAAAAAGCUACUUUGAUCCACUGAUGACUUUGUACUUGACAGAUAAUACAAGUCCUAAAGAGAUCAAAGCUGCUAGGAGGAGUGGGGUGGUUUAUGCUGUGAAGUUAUAUCCAGCUGGAGCCACUACAAAUUCACAAGAUGGUGUUACGGAUUUAUUUGGGAGAUGCCUACCUGUCCUUGAAGAGAUGGUUGAGCAAAAUAUGCCAUUAUUGGUUCAUGGAGAGGUUACAGAUCCUGAAGUUGAUGUUUUUGAUCGAGAGAAGGUCUUUAUUGAUUCCACAUUGAGACCAUUAGUUCAACAGCUUCCACGAUUAAAGGUUGUAAUGGAGCAUGUUACUACACUUGAUGCUGUCAAAUUUGUUGAAUCAUGUGCAGAAGGGUUUGUUGCUGCAACUGUGACACCGCAACAUCUUCUUCUCAAUCGAAAUGCAUUAUUUAAAGGGGGACUGCAACCACAUAAUUAUUGCCUCCCAGUUUUGAAAAGGGAGAUCCACAGACAAGCUAUAGUUGCAGCUGUCACAAGUGGAAGCAAGAGGUUUUUCCUGGGAACUGAUAGUGCACCUCACGAAAGACAAAAGAAGGAAUGUCCUUGCGGGUGUGCAGGCAUAUACAAUGCACCAGUUGCCUUGGCACUCUAUGCUAAGGUUUUUGAAGAGGCUGGCGCUUUGGACAAACUGGAGGCAUUCACAAGCUUUAAUGGCCCUGAAUUCUACGGUCUACCCAGAAAUACCUCCUUUAUCACUCUGCGUAAAAAACCAUGGAAAGUUCCGGAUUCAUACGAAUUUGCUUCGGGGACUAUCAUUCCCAUGUUUGCAGGCGAAACCUUGGAUUGGCUUCCAAUUGUGGAUUCUUGACUUAGAUAGUUGUUUCUGUACUCACAACAAAAUGAAAAUUCUGAAGUGUGUGUACUCGGAACAAAAUGAAAUUUCUGAAGUGCAGUAGCAAACUCUUGUAUAAUUGGGAGGUCUGGGAAAAGUAGAAAGCCACAACCUUGUUUAGAUGUUAUGGA